AGCCGUUAUUAUUUUUAGGUCUGCAUGCUGUCUGCAACGUCGGCCCUGGCGAGGCUGAGCCCCCACCCCUGCGAUGUGGCGGGACGUGGGGGGCCUCGGGGGCAGGCUGAAGCAGAUGCUUCGACCUGGCCAGCACGGCGAUGAGGCUUCAACGCCUACGUCGAGAAAAGCGGCGCUACAAGCCGAGGCGGCGCAGCUGAAAGGGGUGCUGGAAGAGAUGACGAACGGCAUCGACUCCGCAUCCGUGGAUGGUACUUGGGUGCAGCGGUUUGUUGAACUGCAUCAGCGCUACAUCGAGGUUGGCUGCCACCUGGGAGAUUCCCGUGCCGCCCCCCGCCGCGCCCGUGCAGCCGCGGGCGAGACGAGGAGCCCUCCGGCGGGCGCGCCACGCGGCCGCCCUUCGCCGUACUUGGCAUCGUCCCAGUAGCGGCGCCCCCCCCCCCCACGGCCCGAGGCCGAGGCGCC